UAAAAUACAAUGGCAACAAAAACAUCCAUGGUGUACAACGUAACUCGGCAGGCAGCGGAGCUAGUUCCUCCUGCAGGGCCCACCCCAUUCGAGUAUAAGGAACUUUCAGACAUUGACACUCUCCGGUUUCAUGUCUGGGUAAUCCAGUUCUACAAGAAGGAAGAAGGUGAUAACGCGGUCGGGUCCAUCUUUAGGAGACGGGACCCGGCCAAGGUUAUCAAGGAGGCCGUGGCAAAGGCAUUGGUGUGGUAUUACCCCUUAGCCGGGCGACUUUUGGAGAUAUCCGGGAGGAAACUGGUGGUGGAUUGUAAUAGGGAAGGGAUCUUGUUUGUUGAGGCUGAUGCUGAUGUUACACUUGAGGACUUUGGUGUGCCACCUCUUCCUCCUUUUCCUUGUCUUGAACAACUUAUAUCUAAUGUUCCCGGUUCUACUGCUAUCUUAGGUACCCCGUUAAUUCUCAUCCAGGUGACUAGACUUAAAUGUGGUGGAUUCAUAUUAUCAGUCCGAUUAAACCACGCAAUGAGUGAUGCUGGAGGCCUAGUUCAAUUCAUGCACGCAGUGGCUGAGCUCGCUCGUGGGGCGGAUUCACCAUCGGUUCUGCCUGUAUGGGACCGUCAUCUUCUCAACGCUCGUGAUCCACCCCGUAUAACUUGUGACCACCCUGAGUAUGAUGGGAUACCUGAUACUACCCGCACCAUUAAUCCACGUGAUGACAUAGUUCACAAUUCCUUUUUCUUUGGGCCCACCGAAAUAGCAGCUCUCAAGCGUUUCAUCCCACCACACCAAAAAGCAUCAACAUUUGAAAUCCUUACAGCAUGUCUAUGGAGGUGCCGCACAAUCAGCCUACAACUCGACCCGGAAGAAACAGUUCGAAUAAUGUGUAUGGUAAAUUCUCGAAACAUAUUUAACCCACCAUUACCUUCAGGAUAUUACGGAAAUGCCAUUGCCUAUUCGGGAGCUUCUUCCUCCGCUGGCAAAAUUUCCAAAAACCCAAUUGGGUACGCUUUAGACCUCAUCAAAAAAACCAAGGCUAAAGUCACACAAGAGUUCAUGAUGUCACUCGCUGACCUCAUGGUCAUCAAAGGUAGACCCCGCUUCAAUGAAACCUUCGUGGUUUCUGAUAUCACCCGGGCCGGUUUUGAUGAAUUGGACUAUGGUUGGGGCCCGCCCGUUUACGGCGGCAACGUCAUACCCGGAACGUAUCGUAUAAGUGUUUAUGUUCCACUUAAGAAUUGGAAAGGAGAGAAAGGAAUCUUUGUUCCUAUUUGUUUGCCUCGAAAAGCUAUGAAGAUUUUUGUUAAGGAGUUAAAUGAGUUGUUACGUGAUUUGCCGGAACAUCGAAUUGCUAGUUCUAGAUCAUCCCCUUCUAUUUUUUCUUAUUUGUGAUAUUUAAUAGUAAUCUCUCUCUCAAUUAGUGAUCUCUUGACUAGUCUCCAAUGUAUUGACACUCUUUUUGUGGGAAAUAAGAUCCAACUAUUUACGAGGGUCGUUUCAGAUGGGUGCGUGGUACUAUACUACUAGUACUAUAUUGUACA